AUGAUCAAUACUUCCAACGGUAUGAUGUCAACGACUUCGUCGAGCAACGCUCAGUCACCGGGUCUCAAGACCUAUUUCAAGACCCCAGAGGGAAGGUACAAGCUUCACUACGAGAAAACCCACCCUUCGGGUCUCCUUCACUACGCUCAUGGCAAAACCGUCACUCAGGUGACAUUAGCACAUCUUAAAGACAAGCCUGCUCCAUCAACCCCGACUGCACCAUCUUCAAGCUUCAGCACUGGCAGUGGUGUACGUUCGGCUGCAGCAAGGUUGUUGGGUGGUGGUAAUGGGAGCCGGGCACUUAGCUUUGUUGGAGGGAAUGGAGGGAGUAAGAGUGUCAGUGCGAGUAGUAGAGUUGGGUCUUUGGUGGCUUCCAGUUCAAGUAGUUCGACUUCUACUUCAAAUUUUGAUGGGAAAGGGACUUUCUUGAUCUUCAAUGUGGGGGAUGCAAUCUUCAUUAGUGAUUUGAAUUCUCAAGACAAGGAUCCAGUAAAGUCUAUACAUUUCAGUAAUUCAAACCCUGUGUGCCACGCAUUUGAUCAAGACGCAAAGGAUGGUCAUGAUUUGAUUAUUGGGUUGAAUUCUGGCGACGUCUACUCAGUGUCACUCAGACAGCAAUUGCAGGAUGUUGGAAAGAAGCUUGUCGGUGCUCAGCAUUAUAACAAAGAUGGCUCUGUUAGUAGCAGCCGUUGUACUAGUAUUGCAUGGGUUCCUGGUGGUGAUGGUGCUUUUGUUGUUGCUCACGCUGAUGGGAAUCUAUAUGUAUAUGAAAAGAGCAAAGAUGGGGCAGGCGAUUCUUCAUUCCCUGUUAUCAAAGAUCAAGCUCAAUUUUCUGUUGCACAUGCACGUUACAGUAAGAGUAACCCAAUUGCCAGAUGGCAUAUCUGCCAUGGUUCAAUUAAUAGUAUUGCAUUCUCAACUGAUGGGGCCUUUUUAGCAACUGUUGGAAGAGAUGGUUAUCUACGUGUUUUUGACUACUCAAAAGAGCAACUUAUAUGUGGCGGCAAAAGUUACUACGGUGCUCUCUUGUGUUGUGCUUGGAGCAUGGAUGGAAAAUACAUACUGACGGGAGGUGAAGAUGAUUUAGUUCAAGUUUGGAGCAUGGAAGAUCGGAAAGUUGUAGCAUGGGGAGAGGGGCACAACUCUUGGGUCAGUGGAGUGGCUUUUGAUUCAUAUUGGUCAUCACCAAAUUCAGAUGGUAUGGGGGAGACUGUCAUGUACCGGUUUGGUUCCGUUGGUCAGGACACCCAGUUGCUUCUGUGGGACCUGGAAAUGGAUGAGAUUGUGGUGCCAUUGCGGCGAUGCCCUCCUGGUGGCUCCCCCACUUAUAGUGCUGGAAGCCAGUCAUCUCAUUGGGACAAUGCACUUCCAGUGGGUACUCUUCAGCCUGCUCCAAUCAUGCGAGAUGUUCCAAAAAUCUCACCACUGGUUGCUCACCGUGUACACACUGAACCCCUCUCUGGCUUGAUGUUUACUCAAGAAUCCGUUCUCACUGUCUGCCGAGAAGGGCAUAUAAAAGUUUGGAUGAGACCUGGGGUUUCAGAAAGCCAAUCAAACAACUCUGAAACCAUGUUAAGCACCAGUUUGAAGGAGAAGCCUUUAUCCUCAGGCAAGGUUGGUAGUUCCAGUUACAAGCAAUGA